UUUACACCUCCAAACAUUCGUGCAUCGUAUUCAAAACAGUGCAGUCUUUACAAUAAUCAUGUUUAACAUGAAGUUUGUGGUAGUACUGUGUGGCAUUGUAGUCUUCAGCCAAUGCGAAGGCAAACAGCUUUCUAGGUGCGAACUGGUGCAUCAGCUCAGGAAGAAUGGAUUCCCAGAGAACAAAAUGAGAGACUGGGUAUGUUUAGUAGAAAGUGAGAGUUCUCGACGCACAGACAUCAUAAGCAAACCGAACAGCGACGGCUCUCGGGACUACGGCCUAUUCCAGAUUAACGACAGAUAUUGGUGCAGUACUACUAAUAAGCCAGGAAAGGACUGCAACGUUACCUGCAAACAACUCGUGACUGACAAUAUUACGAAGGCUGCAACUUGUGCUAAGAAGAUCUAUCAGAGACAUGGCUUCGACGCCUGGUACGGCUGGAAGAACAAGUGUCGUGGAAAGCCCCUGCCUGACAUAAGCUCCUGCAAGAAAUAAAUGUUAACUCUUUGAAUCAUAAGAGCAUUAAAAGUAUAUUU